AUGGGUUGGAGAGGGAUAUUGGGUUUCGAGUACGGGAUUGUUCAGGCGCCAUUAGGGCCCGAUAUUUCGGGCCCAGAGCUCGUUGCCGCUGUUGCUAAUGCUGGUGGUCUUGGUUUUCUCAGAACCCCUGAUUGGGAGGCGCCAGAUUAUGUGAAAGAACUCAUAAGGAAAACUAGGACUUUGACCGAUAAACCUUUCGGGGUAGCUGUUGUUCUAGCUUUUCCUCAUGAGGAGAACAUAAAGGCCAUAUUGGAGGAAAGAGUUGCGAUUUUGCAAGUUUAUUGGGGUGAAUGUUCGAAAGAUCUCGUACUUCAGGCUCAUCAAGCAGGUGUAAAGGUUAUACCUCAAGAAGACAAGUUCGGCAGCAACAUUCCCAAGUUCAGCAAAUCCGAAAUUAGAAUGUAA